UAUUUUAAAUUAGUAUAUAGUUAAAUGAAAUUAUUUUAUUUACAGAAUUAAAUGGCCAAACGAUAUUUACUUUGGCCGCGAAGUGAAAAUAGGCGGUAUAAUGACGUUGGCGAAUUGCAUCGGCGAUGACGUCAUCAUCACUGUGGGAACAGGAGUCAACAUCACUAAUAGUAUACCGACGAUAUGCGUCAACGAUAUAAUAGCGGAUCACAAUAGGAAACAUGGCACAACACUAGCGCCGAUCACUGUAGAACGAUUUUUGGCGCGAUACUGCUCCGAGUUGGAGCGAUCGCUUGAGUAUAUGGCGACCGAGGGCGGAGUACGAGCUUUCUUAGAACAGUACUACCAGUAUUGGCUGCACACAGACGAGGAGAUCCGCGUACAGACUGAAGGCGGCAACACCCCCGUCCACGGGCGUAUAGUGGGCGUGGACGCGGCGGGCUGGCUCCUAGUCCGCACCGCCGCGUCCACGCUCCAACUGGAGCCGGACGGUAACACGUUCGACAUCAUGGCGGGACUGGUCGCGCCGAAACGAUAACGUCAGAUUAGUAUGUUUCAUACAUU